AAGUUCUCCGCAUCGAAUUGGACAUGCUGCAUCUGCGCCCUCUAGACCUUCCGUCAUGCGCUCGCUUGUUGGACUGGUCGCUGUAAUAGUGACGGCCACUUUUUACCUUUAUUCACUGUCCGUCUUUCUCCCUCCUGGACCUCAGCUGCAUAAACAGAGCCAUGAAGGAGAGACGACAGACGCUAAAGAUGGAGACGAACCUAGUGAAAUGGAGACUGCCUCCUCCAGGUUGAAGUUUCCAUCAGACCUGGAUGAGCUGAAAGAGAUGGCAGAGCUGCUGCAGUUUUAUAAGACCGAGCACACGGGAUAUGUGCUGCUACUCUUCUGCAGUGCCUACCUCUACAAGCAGGCUUUUGCCAUCCCAGGUUCCUCUUUUUUAAACAUCCUGGCUGGGGCCUUGUUUGGGACAUGGUUUGGUCUUCUUCUUACUUGUGUCCUUACAACAGUAGGAGCCACUCUCUGUUUCCUGCUGUCCCAGGCAUUUGGCAAACAUCACAUUGUGAAACUCUUCCCUGACAAGGUUGCCAUGCUGCAGAAGAAGGUCGAGGAAAACAGAAGCAGCCUUUUCUUCUUCCUGCUGUUCCUGAGAUUCUUUCCCAUGAGUCCAAACUGGUUCUUAAACAUGACCUCACCAAUACUGAAUAUUCCUGUCACUCUUUUCUUCAUGGCUGUCUUCAUUGGCCUGAUGCCGUAUAACUUCAUCUGCGUCCAGACGGGAUCAAUGUUGUCUCAGAUUUCCUCUCUGGAUGACUUGUUUUCUUGGAGUGUGGUGUUGAAGCUGCUUCUCACUGCCUGUGUUGCCCUGCUGCCUGGAGCUCUGAUCCGUAAAUACAGCACUCGCCAUCUCCAUCUGGACGGCCUCGAAACAAAUGGACUCAGUCAAAACAAGAAGAACCGAUAAGAGACCGUGUGGUGCCAUUGAUUCGAUUCCCCUUGGUCACUGUGGGGGGCUACUAUUUGUAUUAAAUGUGGCUUUUAAGAGCUGUAUUUUUGGGUGGCCUAACAUUUUUAAAAAGGAAAAUGUAUUUUUCUUAUUCUGUGUUUGGAUUGUAAUGCCUAAAGGUGACAGAAGUGUAUUUUUGCUGCCUUUUUGGGAGGUUCUAUUGGGUCUUUCUGUAAUGUCAUUGGUCCUGAGUUCUGAAUCUUGCCUUCAUAUACUGUACAAAGAGUGAACUAGAGACAUAUUUGUCAGUUUUCAAAUGCACAUCAGUUCCAUAUCCGUUUUAUUUUUUGGUUUAAUUUUGUGGUAUUUAAUAUUAUUCUUCUGUAUAGACUGUAAUAGUUUGGAUAUUGUGGAUUUUAUUUGUUGAUUACUCUUGUGGAAGUUUCACAUUUGCCUUAAGGGACCUACCUCACUGAUUGGGAAAAUAUUUUACCAUGUUGGAGCACUUGAAAAUAUUUUGAAAAGGAAUUAAUAAUUUAGUUAAUAUCUGAUAAAGGUUUUGUGUAUUAUGGGGAGUCAAGCAUCUAAUGUGUGUGAAGUUAUGCCCAGUCAUUGAAAGCCUACCCAACUUAGUCGUGUUUGAAUGGAGAAUUAAAGCAAAUCCUUUUGUA